CUAGAAUAAGGGAGGCCACUGCGUAUGAGAUUGACCAACCUCGGCGCAGUGAUUUGACGGGAACCAGCAUAGCAACGAACGACAACUCUGUAAUAAAAAUUGCCAAUUUUCGCGGUUAAACUUAAAGAGAGUCCAUGUCAACUGCUGACAGUGAAGAGCCAGGCAGUCUGACCCAUGAUAGGAGGGAGCCAAGUGAAGAGCCAGCCAGUCUGACCCAUGCUAGGAGGGAGCCAAGUGAAGAGCCAGCCAGUCUGACCCAUGAUUCUUGACAUGACUCAUGGUGAACUAAAAUUGCUUGCAAAGCAUCUGGGACAUGAUGUGAAGACCCACAAGGAAUAUUAUCAGUUGUCUUCCAGUACCAUGGAACUCUCAAAGGUUGCCCUGAUGUUGUAUGCUGUUGAAAAUGGUAAAGUCAAUGAGUGGAAGGGAAGGCAGAUGAAGGACAUAGUAGUAGAAGAUUUACCUCUUCCAAUUGAAGACGAAGAUGGCCAUCAAGAAGAGUCCAUGUCAACUGCUGACAGUGAAGAGCCAGGCAGUGUGACCCAUGAUAGGAGGGAGCCAAGUGAAGAGCCAGCCAGUCUGAGCCAUGAUAGAAGGGAACCUACAGCUGCCGAUACUUGA